AUGGGCACCGAUGGUGAGGUCUUCAAACAAAGGGAAAAUUUGAUGGAGAAGAGCGGGGAGGAGAAGGGGAGUGGUCAGGCCCAAAAUUCAAAUUUUUUGGGUGGGAGAAUUGGUUCAGCAGCAAGACAGUAUGCAACAGGAGAUUCAUGGAGCCCUUUAGAAGGGGAGAGUUCAGAUGGUAAGGAACCUGAUGUUCCUUUGGACUCAGGGGACCCAGGAGGGGGUCCCAGAGCACGAGAAGAGGAGAUAGCAAUAGGCAAGGGGAAUGGUAAGAUUUACGAGAGCUUAUGGCCACCAUUUUGUGUUGCUCAACCAUUUCUGCCAUGGGGAAAAGAAGAUGAGUCAGAGGAUCUAAGUAAAAAGGGGAGAAACAAGGGAAAAAGGAAGAGGAUAGUGGUGGAUUCAGAUAUUUCGAAGUCUGAGGCCGAGUCCUUUGAAGGUAAACUCAUCAAAAGAAAGAAAAGUAAAGGCACUAGAAAGCAAACCCAGAGGAAGAAAAACAUCAGCAGGGGAGCUAACAAAGAUAUUAAUCAAAUUUUGAUUGAUUCUGAUGAGGAGGCAGAGGAGGUUAAAAAUGAUAAUGGGCAGGGUAAGGAGGGGGAUGAUAUCCCGGUUGUGGGCAGCAAUGAGGAUUUGAAUACUCAAGACAUAGGCAGCCUGAAGAAGGAUAUGAAUAUUGUCAAAAGAGCCAUGAUAGGUGACAAACCUCUGUCUGAAAAUGUCAAAGAACUGGCGGUGGAAAUUAAUAAUGCUAAAGCCAUUGAAAAUAUGAUGGAACUCACAGUAAAGAAGAUAGCUGAACAGAACUUCCAGAUUCUCAAAGCCUCGGCGGACAACAUGAACAUUUUGAUUAAUAGAUUUGAUAACAUAAAAGAUAAAGAGGGCAACAAGGAUCAACUGGACAAAAAAGGUCACGAGAAGAGGACUAGAGCCAACACCAGGAAUAAGGGGAACAUCAAGGGUUGA